AUGUCCGUUGGCAUGUCCGGAUCAUCUUCAAACUUCUUUACCGUCCGCAACGCCCGCCUCCCAACCACCACCACAUCUCCCUCCCUCGUCGACGUCACCUGCGAUCCGUCCACAGGCCUCAUCGCCUCCAUCACCUCCUCCUCCUCAUCCCCCAACACCUCGCCAUCUCCCUCCGACCUCGACGCGUCCGGGUCAAUAGUCAUCCCACCCCUCUGCCACCCCCACCUCCACCUCGACAAAUGCUUCCUCCUGGACCGAUGUGCCAUGGUAGACGGAGGUUUCGCAGAAGCCAUGUCACUCACCUCCUCAGCUAAAGCCCUCUUCACCACCGAGGAUUUACUGCAACGCGGCCACAGACUCGUGAAGGAGUCGAUCGCACACGGGGUACUCACCCUCCGCGCACACGUCGAAGUCGACACGACUGUGGGCCUCAUAUGCCUCGAGGCAGGGGUAGAGCUGAAACGCUUCUACACAGAUGUGUGUGAUAUUCAAAUCGCCGUAUUCGCGCAAGACCCCAUCUUCUCCCGCUCCCCCACCGAACGCGACCAAAUGCUCCGUCUUUUGGGAGAAGCGGCCGGGAUGGAGGGGGUCGAUUGCGUGGGGUCUGCACCCUACGUAGAUCGCGGUCACGAAGGGGAGAAUAUCGAGUUUAUCGUCGAGUUGGCGAGACGGAAUGGAUUGAUGCUCGAUUUCCAUAUCGACUACGAUAUCAACCCCGAUACACCAUCCAACAUUCCCUCGAUCCUCACGCACCUCCUCGACAUCCCACCCGAAGAACGUCCCCACACGACACUCGGCCACGCAACGAAACUAUCCGCAUACCCCGCCUCUGACCUCGCCUCCCUCGUGCACACCAUCGCCACCCACGCCCUACCAGUACAUUUCGUCGCACUACCGACGAGCGAUACCUAUAUCCUCGGGCAAACCUUGCAUGCGCCUGAGAUUGUCGCGGCGGGGUUUGGGGUGUGUUUGGGAGUGAAUAACGUACAGAACCCGUUUACGCCGAUGGGGUGUGCGGAUCCGAUGUCGCUUUUGCCAUUCUGCGUUAAUUUGUGGCAGUCAGCGACUUCAUCCCGCGCCGAACUCUUGAUGGAGAUGCUCAGCACGCGAGCCGUGCGAGCCAUCGGUCGUGGACCUGGGUCGGGUGACGAGGUAGGGAUGGGGUUAAGGGAGUACUUUACGGUUGGGAGGGAAGCGUCGUUCGUGGUGUUACAUGGUGUGGAGAGUUUGGUGGAGGGGGCUUGUGCGGCGCCGGGUGGGGAGAGGAGUGUCGUGCGGAAAGGAAACAUUGUGGGGAGGAGGAGGGUUGAGAUGUGGGUCCGAGUAUAG